AUGAUGUUUAAGGACUUGGACGGCCUCGUGCCGACGCCCGUGACCCUCUCGAAAGAAAGUCAACGAGAGUUGACCGACACGGCCGACCGCGUGGUCGCAGAAGCUCUUCUAUCGUAUGAGCAGUACAUUGGCAACAAUCGACAGGUGGACGCUCGUCUGUGGAAACACGUCAAGUCGCGCGAAAAGGUGCAUGUGUACCGCACCCGUCGAGCGACGGCCAAGUUACUCCAGCUCGUGAACGAACGGCAAUUGAGUCGACCGCGGCUGCUGUCCAAUGAUACUAUUGAACUGCAACAACAGCAAGCCCAUGCUGCUGGGCGACCGCAUGGGUUCACGCCGGACGACGAGGAAGCAAUCUUAGAACGUUCGGCGGAAAAAUCCGGAAGUGGUCACUCCCACUCGCACUCGGCUACGCACAGUUCCUCGAGUGAUACGGGCUCGUUCUGUAUUUUUCCUGAAGAGAGUGUCCUUGAAAAGGUCAAGCCAUCCCGGGUACCUCUGGUGACGGCCAUUGGUACCAUUGACGGCAAUGUCGAAGACGUGGCUUUCGGAGCCCUUGCCCAUACGGACGAAGCGUGGUUCAAGCGCAAUUCGUAUGUCAAGAACGACGGCUUCGAUGGCCGCAAAGUCCUGGCAUCGUUUCAAUCACCGAGCGAAGAAGAUCCGUUUCGAUAUGUUGGGAUCAAAUGGGCCACGCGACCCAUUGCAGCCUUUGCGUCUCGACGGGAUAUCCUCUUUCUCGAGUCAUCAGGGAUCGCUCUGGACUCGGAUGGCGAGCGCGUGUACUACAGUCUCGCCCACUCAAUUGAAGUCGAGGAUUGUCCGUUGCUCCCGGAUUGGUGCAACGUGGUCCGCAUGAACUUGUCCGUGUGCUUCAUUAUGCGACAGACUUCAGAGACUCAAAUUGAAGUGUACGCUCGAGGGUUUGCCGACAUGGGCGGGAACUUGCCAGCUGCAAUUGGCUUGGGUGUCUUUUCCCAGGGUAUUGUGGACGUCGUGGGCAUUGUCGAGGCCUCGUAUCUCAAGAAACUCGUGUGGCGCAUGUCACGCCGCUGUCCGACAAACGUUCGACAGCAUAUGAACGCCGAGUGCAGCGUGUGUAACAAGACCACGAAACGAUUCGGAAAGCUCAUUCAGACAGGAGGCACGUGUGCUAUCUGUCGAGAGACGAUCUGCCAGAAGUGCAGUGUGCAGAAGAAGCUGCUGCUGGACGUGGAGGGAAACAUCCAGCGGCAACUCACAUUCUGUGUCUCGUGUGUGAUCGAGACACGGAAACUGUCCGCCUGGGACGUUGCAAUUGCACGGCUUAAAGCCCAGCAGAGACAGUAG